AUGGCGAACGACGAGUAUGAUUUCCUCUUCAAGGUGGUCCUGAUCGGAGACUCUGGUGUCGGUAAAUCCAACCUUUUGAGUCGAUUCACCCGCAACGAGUUCAACCUCGACUCCAAGUCGACCAUCGGCGUCGAGUUCGCCACACGGUCCAUCCAGGUCGACGCGAAGACCAUCAAGGCGCAGAUUUGGGAUACGGCCGGCCAGGAGCGAUACCGAGCCAUCACAUCGGCCUACUACCGGGGCGCUGUCGGUGCGCUCCUUGUCUACGACAUCAGCAAGCACCAGACAUACGAGAAUGUGACUCGGUGGUUGAAGGAGCUCCGCGACCACGCUGACUCUAACAUCGUCAUCAUGUUGGUCGGAAACAAGAGUGAUUUGAGGCAUCUCCGGGCUGUGCCUACCGAGGAGGCCAAGCAGUUUGCGAGUGAAAACAAUCUCUCCUUUAUCGAGACCUCCGCCUUGGACGCAAGCAACGUCGAGCUGGCCUUCCAAAACAUCCUCACAGAGAUCUACCGCAUCGUGUCUAGCAAGGCACUUGACCAGGGAGAGAGCAGCCAGAAUGUUCUCGGCGCUGGUCCUGGCCAGAAGCUCGAGCUCUCCUCUUCCACGGGCGCAGAAGAGAAGAAGGGAGGAUGCUGCUAA